GCCGCAGGGCGCCCGUGCCUGGGCGCCGCAAAUGCCCGGCUAAGCAGGGGCUGGCGGUGGGCGGGCGGAGGGGCGGUGCCGUUUCGCCUGCCGCCAUUUCUGAGGCCCGGGGUAUAUAAAGGAGGGGGCUGCUGCUGCAGUGCCCUGUCGGGAUCUUCGGCAAAGCCACCGGGGACGCGAGGUGCUCUGGGGAGAGGCGGAGACACGCACCCGAGCUAAUCCCGCGCCGGGUCAGAGCCCCGCGUCACCGGCUCGCCCUAAGCCCGGCCGCCCCAGAGGGGAGGAGCGCAUCGCCCCCGCCCGCACCCGGCCCGCCUUCACUCCGGCGCCAUGGGCUGCAGGGGAGGCUUCGCUGUCCUGCUGCUGGCGGUGCAGGUCCUUUCCCUCCCGGUAACCAAUCCAGUGACUAAAGGGGAUGCUAAGGUGAUGAAGUGCAUUGUAGAAGUCAUUUCUGAUACUCUGUCAAAGCCAAGCCCGCUGCCAAUCAGCCAGGAAUGCCUAGAAACUCUCAGAGGAGAUGAAAGGAUCAUUUCAAUCCUCCGUCAUCAAAAUUUACUGAAGGAGCUUCAAGAACUUGCAGUUCAAGGGGCCAAUGAAAGAACCUGGCAGCAGAAGAAAAACAGUGGCUUUGAAGAUGAACUUUCGGAAGUCCUUGAAAGCCAGAAUGACAAGAACAUGCAAAGAGAUAAAUCAAGGGAAAUUGCUGUGGAGGAGCCCACAGCCUCGUUUGCUGAGCUGGCAGCAGAGAGAAGCCAGCAGAACAGUGAGAGGGAGGAGUCCAAGGAGGAUGAGGAAAACAGCCUGGAAGAGAGGGAGCUAAGACUGCAUGAAGCCGGCCCUGAAGACGACAAGGAGAAUGCAGAGGAAUCUGACAGCAAUGAGGUCAGUGAGGCUGAAGAAUCGCCAAGGGAAGAUGCUUUAGACAACCACAUCAAUGACAACCUCACAGAGAAUGAGCUCGCCGAGCACAAGCUCCAAGAGGCUGAAGAGGAGCAGCCUGAAGAGACCGACGGAAGUCAGGAGCUUCAGGGAGAAAAGAAGCAGAUUUCCAAAAAAGGCCAGGAAGAGAGCCAAGAAGUGGAAGAGGAGACCCUACAAGAGCAUACUGCGGAAGAGGAUGCCAGGAGAAGCACCCUGGAAGAUGAGCAGCCUACCAAAGCAGAUAGGAUACUUGGCUCAGCUGAGGAUGAGACCGAGGAGACUCCCAGGGAAGGUGAUAACAAAGAUGCUUUGGGCUUUGGCCAAGGUUUGAAGAGCUCGGAAGAGGAAGAGAAAUCCCAUGGACUGAAAGGAGGGAGGCAUGGGUUAGAGGACGAAGCAAUGCAGGCAGAGGACACCUUCCACCCCAGGGAUGUCAAAAGUGAGGAAGUGGAGGAGGAGCCCUCCAGAGCGUGGGAAGACUCCAAGAGAUGGAACAAAAUGGAUGAGCUGGCCAAGCAGCUGACAUCCAAGAAGCGCAUGGAGGAAUACGACAGCAGCGAAGACCCAGAUAGGUCCAUGAAAAUGUCCUUCAGGUCCCACAAGUAUGACUUCCAUAACCCAGAAGAGGAUAUGAGAAGGUCAUGGAAACAUCACGCAAAGGAGGACAGCAGCGAAGCAGGGUUUCCAUUUGCCGCCAUGCCUGAAGAAAAGAAGGAUGAAGAAGGAAGCGCUAACAGAAGAACAGAGGAUCAGGAGUUGGAAAGCCUGGCAGCAAUAGAAGCCGAACUGGAGAAAGUCGCCCACAAGCUCCAUGAAUUGAGGCGGGGCUGAAGUUCCCCCUACACAUAACAUGAGCAAAAGCCAGAAAUUAACUCAUCCUUUUACACUGCAUUUUAAGUUACUGAUUCAAAAAGUAAAAAAUAAAGACAGAGCAGAAGCAUUUCGUCCAGGAAGCCAAAAUUGCUAGGAAAUGACAGGCUUGCAGUAAUGUUACACUCAUCGUCGGCUUCUUCCUUGAUUUUGUGCUCCCUUAGCCACUAUGGUUCUCUCUUGUACCCUUUGGAUAAUUGUAUCCCGAGCAGUGUGACUUACUCAUGUACUUUGUUUGUUCGGGUUUUUCUUUUUCUCUUUUUUAAAGACAGCUUUCUAGAAUGUUUUACUUCUACCAUUAGAUUCACUGGGUAAAAUUGCAAUAACUUCUCUUUUGAUUAAAAGCUGAGAACUCUGACUGUAAUAUAUUCUAUAUAAAAAUUUAUCUAAGGAAAAAUAAAA